AUGGAUGGUAGUGGUAGUCUAAAUUCUAGUAGUAAUACCGUAUCGAAUCUUUCUAAUGCUUUGCAUCAGGUUAAUUUAGGUAAUAGUAAUACUACUACGGAUCAGAGCAAUAUAAAUUUUGACUUUCAAGGCGGUAACGGUAAUAGUAAUGGGGCAUCGACAAAUGUAGCUCAUAACAAUGGAAUACUCAUAGCUGAUGAACAACAACAGCGACAGCGUUUUGUCCAACAACAACAAAUACAGCAACGUCAGGCACAACAGCAACAGCAACAUCAGCAGCAAGUUCGACAAGCGCAACAACUACAGUUACAACAACAGAUAAUGUCAAACAUUGGACCUAUCGAUCAUACAAGAAUUAGGAAAUUCUUCCAAAAUCAGCCGUUGGAAGGUUAUACCCUUUUCUCUCACAGAUCUGCUCCCAAUGGGUUUAAAGUGGCGAUAGUAUUAAGCGAACUGGGUUUACCUUAUAAUACAUUUUUCCUUGAUUUUAAUAUCGGUGAACAUAGAGCACCUGAAUUUGUUUCAGUGAAUCCAAAUGCGAGAGUACCAGCGUUAAUUGAUCAUGGUAUGGAUAAUUUAGCGGUUUGGGAAUCGGGUGCGAUAAUAUUACAUUUGGUUAAUAAAUAUCAUAGGGAAACUGGUGAACCACUACUGUGGUCAGAUAAUCUAGUUGAUCAAUCUCAAAUCAAUGGGUGGUUAUUCUUCCAGACUUCAGGACAUGCCCCCAUGAUUGGUCAAGCAUUGCAUUUCAGAUAUUUUCAUUCACAAAAAAUUGCAAGUGCUGUAGAAAGGUAUACAGAUGAAGUGAGGAGAGUUUAUGGAGUCGUGGAAAUGGCACUUGCUGAAAGGCGAGAGGCAUUAAUUAUGGAAUUAGAUGUGGAAAAUGCGGCAUCAUAUUCAGCGGGUACAACACCAUUAUCACAAAGUAGGUUUUUCGAUUAUCCCGUAUGGCUAGUCGGCGAACGUAUAACUAUAGCUGAUUUGGCAUUUGUUCCCUGGAAUAACGUUGUGGAUAGGAUUGGUAUCAAUAUCAAAUUAGAAUUUCCUGAGGUUUACAAGUGGACUAAACAGAUGAUGAGACGUCCAGCUGUAAUUAAAGCCCUAAGAGGUGAAUAA